GGCCCAUGCCUAAAGGGGCGGGAGCUAAGGUGGACCGGAGACGGCGGAGGUGAUGCCGCGCGGCACACGUGGGUUUCUUCUACAUCUCUCUAAUGCCCGCACCUAGUGCCAGGCCCAUGGAGCCCACGCGACACUACCCGCUGUUCGGGGGCGCCUUCUCCGCCACUCUCCCUCCCGGGGCCCUUGACGUGAGCGACCUCCGGCCGGUCCCGGACAAUCAGGAAGUUUUCUGCCACCGCGUGACGGACCAGAGCCUGGUCGUGGAACUUCUGGAGCUGCAGGCCCACGUGCAGGGCGAGGAGGCUGCGCGGUACCACUUUGAGGACGUGGGCGGGGUGCAGGGGGCUAGGGCCAUGCAAGUGGACAGUGUGCAGCCCCUCCCUUUGGAGAACCUGGCUCUGAGGAGCUUCUGUCAAGAAGCCUGGGUCCUCUCUGGCAAGCAGCAGGUAGCAAAGGAUGUGACAGCACACCAGACUUUGCUGCGGCUGCCCCGGUACCAGACUGAUCUCCUGCUCACCUUCAAUGAUCCCCCCCCUGACAAUAGGUUAUCUCUUGGUCCUGAAAAUCUGUCACUUCCGCCCUGGAGCCUGGGUGACUUUGAACAGCUGGUGACCAGUCUGACCCUUCACGACCCCAACAUCUUUGGUCCCCGGUAAAGAUGCUGAAACACUGCGUGAAGCUGCUCAAGCGCAUGGGGACCCCGUUCUUCAAGGGGAACAAGGGGUUGGAUAUAUGCCCCUAAUUCCUCCCCUGUGCAUAAACAUAAGACACCUCCUGUCUGCAGAAAUAAACUUGCUUUAUAACCAA